AUCAACAUCCUGCCCUGCAAGUUCAUGUCUGCCGACGGAUGGGGCAAGACCAGCGAUGCCAUCCAGUGCAUGGACUGGUGCCUGGAGCAGAAGGCAGAGAUCAUCAGCGCCAGCUGGAGCUGCGGCGAGCUGUCCAACCCGCCGCUGGAGGAGGCAGUGGCACGCACCAAGCAGGCGGGGGCGCUGCUGGUGAUUGCGGCGGGCAACCAGGGCGCCGACAUGCGCAAGACGCCCUACUACCCGCAGUCGUAUGCCAGGCAGUACGACAAUGUGCUGGUGGUGGGGGCCUCUGACGAGUACGACGAGCACGCCUUCUUCUCCAACCACGACCCAGACACAGUGCACUUGUCGGCGCCCGGCCACUGGAUUUACAGCACCACCGUGGGCGGCGGCUACAACUUCAGCAGCGGCACAUCCAUCGCCGCACCCUACGUGUCUGGC